CUCAGUUUUUUCCCUCAUAAAUCUCUGUAAUCCUUAAUGAAUCGUUGUUUCAGGUCGUGGAACUUUUGAAAUGUUAGUAGGGUAACUUUGUAAUUGAAGUUGAAGAGACUUAUACUCCGUUUUUAUGAGUAACAAUGGAGUCGGAAGGAGAAACUGGGAGUAAGAAGCAAUUGAAGAAUUUGGGUGGUCAGAUCUGCCAGAUCUGUAGUGAUAAUGUCGGCACAGCUGUGGAUGGUGAACCAUUUAUUGCUUGCGAUGUUUGUGCGUUUCCUGUUUGCAGACCAUGUUAUGAGUAUGAGAGGAAAGAUGGGAAUCAGUCAUGCCCUCAGUGCAAGACUCAUUACAAGAGGCAUAAAGGAAGCCCAACUAUUCAUGGUGAUGGAGAAGAGGAGGUUGAUUUGAAUGCUGCCACUCGAGAUUUUAACCAUACGGAAAAUCAGUAUGAGAAGCAGAAAGUUGCAGAACGUAUGUUGAGCUGGCACACAUCUUAUGGACGAGGUGAAGAUGUUGCGCCUCCAAAUUAUGACAAAGAAGUCUCCCACAAUCACAUUCCUUUACUAACUAGUGGACAUGAGGUAUCUGGAGAAUUAUCUGCUGCAUCACCUGAACAAAUGUCCAUGGCAUCUCCUGGACCUGCUGGAGGAAACUCAAAUAUUAGGGUUGUCGAUCCUGUUAGGGAAUUCGGUGCCUCUGGAUUGGGCAAUGUGGCUUGGAAAGAGAGGGUUGAAGGGUGGAAGAUGAAGCAAGAUAAAAGUACAGUUGUUCAAACUACAACCAGUCACGCGGCUUCAGAGAGGGGUGUUGGAGAUAUUGAUGCUACCACUGAUGUGCUUGUGGAUGACUCUCUUCUGAAUGAUGAAGCUAGGCAGCCUCUUUCGAGGAAGGUUUCAGUUCCUUCAUCCAGGAUAAAUCCGUAUAGGAUGGUUAUUGUUCUACGUCUGGUUAUUCUGAUUAUUUUCUUGCAUUAUCGGAUAACCAAUCCUGUGCGUAAUGCGUAUGCACUUUGGUUGGUAUCUGUGAUUUGUGAGAUCUGGUUUGCAAUAUCCUGGAUUUUGGAUCAGUUCCCUAAGUGGCUUCCGAUUAACAGAGAGACAUAUCUCGACCCCACUCAGCACAAUCGCGUACACAAAUCACACUGUCCUUCCUGAAGCUUUGGAGAAAUGGUCACAAGCUGUGAUGUGGAAACUUCUUCCUCGACACAUGGAGAUCAUUCAAGAAAUUGACAAACGGUUUAUUGAAAUGGUGAAAUCCACGUCGUCGCCAGACCUUGAGCAUAAACUCUCAAGUCUAUGCAUUUUGGAUAACAAUCCCCAGAAACCAGUGGUUAGGAUGGCAAACUUAUGUGUGGUGUCUUCACAUUCGGUAUUGUUGAAUCUCUUUCAUAUUCCUUCUCUUUAUAUUAGACUUAAUACUUACUAGAAGGACCAUGUAAUUAAGAAGAUCCCCUGAGUAGAAAGUUCUCUGAAGAUUAAAAGUUACAUGUUGGUUGUUGUUUGAGAUCAACUGUAAAAGUUUUCUUUAGCUUAUGUGACUUUAUAAUUUAAUAAUUCAAAACCUUUCUAUUGGUGAA